AUGGAGUCUCCAACGCGUCCAGUCCUCAGUCCUACCAAAGCGCUCAACCCGGUAUCACCGGAACGCAUGAAUCAACAAACCAUCCCCGCCUCUCCCUCCCUUCCCUCCGAGCUGCUAUCACUACACCACAAAAAUAUCAAAGGGGUAUCAGAGGUCCAAGCAAAAGUGGCAUUCUUAAAUAGUCUCGCUCGAGGGGGCAGCCCGAGUGCCCAAGCACAAACAGCAACAAACAAUGCCGCGCUACAGAGGGCAAUCCUCGGUCGCGAGGAGGCCGAAUCAGCUCUCGCAUCGGCACAAGAAGAUCUCUCCGAGGCGCAAUCACGAGAACGCCGGAUUAGCGAGCGACUUGAAUCAUUAUUAGAAGAACUCCACGGCACGAAAGAACGCCAAGCCCACGAACGAUCCAUUUUCGAGAAAGAAAUCCGAAAGGCCCGUAAAGAAGCCUUCCGUGCCGGCUCGACUUUGGUCAAGCUUCAGGAAGAGCUGAAACACGCCAAAUCGGAAUCAAAGGCCUUGAAAGAUGAAGUCGCCGCAGAGCGGGAGGCUAAGGACCACGCGAAGCAGGAGGCAUUUGAACGCGCAUACGCUCUAGCUGGUCUUACGGAAGAACUUGAAGUACUUAAGGGCAAACUCCGAUCUAUGGAGGCAGCCGACCACUCAAAUCAAUUGGAAGUUCGAGCCCAUGAGAUUCGCAAGGAAGACUUUGGUCGGAUGUCCCUGGCUGAGGGCGAUCUCGCAUUUUUGACAACACCACGACGACCGAAAAGAGCUGCAGCAGACUCUAUAAGGUCCCCUGCUCAAGAACGAGAGCCCGAAAACGUUGCCGAGGCCACUCCCCCGAAACGACAGCGACUAUCAGAGGUUACAUCUGUUGUUAAGGAGCCUCUCGCCGCUCCGUCAGAUCUUGACUGUGAAAUGAUAGAGGACCUUAAAGAUGAGCUUUACAUCGAGCGUCGUCAAAGAAUUGCAGCGGAAGAGAUGGUCCAUUUCCUGAAUAUCGAAUGCCAGUUUGAGCGGUGCUCAUGCCGAAUCGCUGAAAAGGAAGGCCAAAGAUUCAUUUACGAUAACGAAUACUACGAAAAGUUCCAAAAACCACAAUUGGAAGCGGAAGCCAAAGCAGCAGCAGAGGAGGCGGCGGCGGCGGCGAAGGCAAAGGCACAAGCAGAGACAGCGGCACGAGCAAAGGCCCAGGCAGAGGCCGAGGCGGCAGCACAAGCAAAGGCACAAGCAGAGGCAGCGGCACGAGCAAAGGCCCAGGCAGAGGCCGAGGCGGCAGCACAAGCAAAGGCACAAGCAGAGGCGGCGGCCGAAGCGAAGCUAGCACAGGAAAAGGAAGCAGCAGAGGCAGCGGCCCAAGCAGAGGCGGCAGCCCAAGAAGAGGCAGCUCGGCGAGCCCAGAUCUCUUACCAUGCUCCCCAUUCCAGCCACACGCCGUCUGUGGAGCCUCCUGCCCCUCCCCCGCACCGACAUGGCGUGGAAACAGAAGUAAAAGUGAAGCGCGAGCCAACGGAGCCUCCCGAGAAGAUGCCCCUACCCGAGGAGCCCCUGGUAACUUUCUCGCCAGAGACGGGCACUUUCAAAACAUUCCCAUCACCCAUUCGCGACAUACCCAGACCUCCACCUCGACGGACUGAGGAUUUCGACGCUCCCAUUCCAUACCCCCCAGUACGACCUCGCCCUGAAUGGAGGGAAUCAGCCUCCUCAAGUGGACAUGUGCGGUCUUACACUCCCUCGGAAGAGCCCAGGACAUCUAGAAUGGCCAAUCAUGCUCCAUCAGAGCCGGCUAUGAAUGAGGGGAUUCAAGUCUCUGCAUCCAUCGAAGCCAGGCCUACAAGGACCCGGGAGCGAGAAGAUUACCACUCUCACUCAACAACCAAGCGAGUUCCUCUUCGUGAGCCAAACGCUCCGCAGAGCUCGUCUUUCUUCCCAAACCAGCCAAUCGACCGCGAAGAAGCUCUUGCACAGAUCAGGGCGAGACGUGGUCGGGCACGCAGCAAUGUGCGCUCAGUGAGCGCCAACGAGGCUGGCCGGUCCGCAGGCUCUACUGGAAGCACCGCCGCCACUCCCGGACGGGGUCCCCGACGCAUCCCCAACCUCCAAACGCAAUCUUCAAGAAGCGAGAAUGACGUGGUUGAACGUCGGGAUCUGAGUGCUCCAGUCCGUAUGUUCCGUCGUUAA